UGUUUGAAUCUUUACCCAGUUGGAAAUGGCCGUUGCUUUAAUUUCCUGGUUUCUAGUACUGUUUUCAAGCUUCCAUGGUUGCUACGCCCAAAUUCCUCCAAAUAUAAGCUUGGGUUCUAGCAUUGUUGCUGGGUCCAAUGCAUCUUGGCGCUCCCUCUCUGCGGAUUUUGCAUUUGGUUUCUAUCCUCUCGCCAGUGGAUUGUACCUUGUUGGAAUAUGGUUCGAUAAAAUCUCAGAAAGAACACUAGUUUGGUCAGCCAACCGUGAUAAUCCAGCAGAACGAGGAUCCACUGUCCGGCUGACUUUGCCUGGCCAGCUUGAGCUCAGAUACGUCAAUGGCAGCACUCAACUUAUAUACGCCGGAGCCGCUGCAAGUUUGGGGUUCAUGGGAAAUGAUGGCAAUUUUGUCCUGAGAGACGCCAAUUCAGUGGUCAUGUGGCAGAGCUUCGACUUCCCAACAGACACUCUCUUGCCAGGACAAGUUGUGGACGAACUCACAAAGCUAUAUUCCAAUGAAAAAGGAACUGUCGAUUACUCAACUGGGAAUUUCAUGUUGGAAAUGCAAAAGGAUGGGAAUUUGGUGCUCUCUGCCUAUCGCUUCUCAGAUCCUGGGUACUGGUAUACCGGAACAUUAGUCACGAAUGUAAGUCUGUAUUUUGAUCCGAAGACUGCUCUCAUGUACCUUGUCAAUGGGUCCAAUGUUAAUAUUCACGCUUUGACAAAAAAUAUUUCCAUCCCAGUUGAAGAUUACUACCACCGAGCAACCAUCGAUGAUCAUGGCAAUUUCCAACAGUAUGUUUACCCGAAAGUGAACGGCAGAAACUGGGAAAGGGUGUGGAGAGCCGUUGAGGAGCCUUGCUCCGUGAAUUCAAUUUGCGGUGUUUACGGCUUCUGCACUUCCCCUGAUAAUGAAACAGUUUCCUGUUCUUGCCUGCCAGGUUAUAUUCCAUUCGAUCCAAACGAUCUGUCAAAAGGGUGUCAUCCAGAAAUCGUGCUGAAUUAUUGUGCAGAUCCAUCCAUUAGGAAUUUUACAGUGGAGGUGAUUGAUGACGCUGACUUCCCAUUCGAAGGCUAUGCGGAUUUGGCACGAGUGAGGAACGUGGAUGUGGAGGGAUGCAAGAAGGCUGUCAUGGAUGAUUGUUACACCAUGGCUGCUUCCCUGGUGGAUUCUAGAUGUAUCAAGAAGAAGACGCCUUUGUUGAAUGCCAGAAAGAGUGUUUCUACCAAAGGAAUCAAGGCACUUAUCAAGGUGCCCAUGAAGAUUAAUGAUCCCGGUAUUCUUCCAAAGAAGAAGAAUUCCAACGAUCGGGUUUAUCUGGCAGUGGGUUUUAUAACCAGCGGAGUACUAGCAGUUCUAUCUGCAGCUUUUGCCGUCUACUACCAUCCUGUAGCUCGAAGAUUAGUAAAAAGAAAGCACUUCCAGAACGCAAAUGCCAUAGGCAUUAACUUCCGGCAGUUCACAUUUCAGGAGCUGCAUGAAGCAACCAAUGGCUUCAGCAAGACGAUCGGACGGGGGUCUUCAGGGAAGGUGUACAGUGGGGUUCUAAGCUCAAAGGACAUACAUAUUGAAAUUGCGGCAAAGAAGCUAGAGAAAGCGAUUGAGAAAGGAGAGAAGGAAUUCGUGACGGAGCUCAAAAUAAUUGGCCGGACCCAUCAUAAAAAUCUGGUAAGGCUGUUGGGCUUUUGCAUUGAAGACGGUCAUCAGCUUCUGGUGUAUGAGUUAAUGAAGAAUGGGACACUAUCUGACUUUCUGUUCGGAAAGGAAGAGAAGCCAAUCUGGAUUCAGCGGGCUGAAAUGGCUCUUGGGAUCGCAAGAGGCCUGCUAUACUUGCAUGAAGAAUGUGAGACCCAGAUCAUUCAUUGCGACAUAAAGCCCCAGAAUGUGCUGCUAGAUGCCAACUACACUGCAAAAAUUGCAGAUUUUGGGCUUUCCAAGCUUUUAAACAAAGACCAAACCAAAACCAUCACCAAUAUAAGAGGAACAAUGGGAUACAUGGCACCCGAAUGGUUGAGGAAUGCAGCCGUAACAGCCAAAGUGGAUAUCUACAGUUUUGGUGUAAUGCUGCUGGAGAUUAUUUGUGCUAGAAGGCAUAUAGAAUUGAGCCGGGUUGAGGAAGAAACUGAAGACGAUGACUUAGUAAUCAUUGAUUGGGUUCUCAGUUGUCUGAUUUCAGGGAAACUAGAGAAGCUGGUGGGGCAUGAGUCAGAGGUAUUGGAUGAUUUCAAGAGGUUUGAGAGAAUGGCAUUAGUUGGGUUAUGGUGCGUCCACCCAGACCCAAUUCUUAGGCCGUCGAUGAAAAAGGUGACACAAAUGCUGGAAGGGACAGUUGAAGUUGGGAUCCCACCUCUGCUCAUGAAAGGCUAAGUUUUUGUGUGUUGUAUAUUUUGGCUUUUGAUAAUGUACUUUUGCUCAUGGCAUGGUAAAUCUGCCUUUUUAAACCGAAAAUAAACAUUGUAAUUUUGCUUUAUAACUGCCCACCCGAAAAGAAAUUUCUGUCCUUAUUUUCAUCAUAUAUCAUAAAUAGUAUUACCGGGGUCUGGACCUCUGGUGAUACCAUGAUACGUAUUUCCAAUAAAAAUAAUAAUAAAU